GUUGCCAUCGUGUUGCUGAGGGACGUGAGAGCCCUGCAUUAAAAACAUACAGCCGGAGUAACUUCAGCUUUUAAUUAACUAAAUAACUUAAAAAACUCAAACCUCAGCGCGUUCAGCGAGAACUGGGGAAUAAUAUAUAUAUAUGCUGCAGUAUUCAGAGCUAGGGCGCCGGUUCCUGCCUUGUUUUAGUGGUUUUCUGAGCACCGGGCGGAGGUUGAGAGCGUGGCUGGAGUAUGAAGCUCUGUGGGCGGCCGCUGCAGCGCUGACUAACCGCUUACAGCACACGGAGCCCCGGCUCGCCUGGUCUCACUCCUCCGCUGCUGCUGUUGCUGCCGACCCGAGUCGAGCUCCAUCAUCCUGCACUGCCUGUGGACGUGCCGCUCUCCCCCUUCGCCAGUUGCCAUGGCGCCCAAAGACAUCAUGACCAACUCCCAUGCCAAGUCCAUCUUAAAUGCCAUGAACGCCUUGAGGAAGAGCAACACGCUGUGUGACAUCACGCUGAGGGUGGAGAACACAGAUUUCCCCGCCCACCGCAUCGUCCUGGCCGCCUGCAGCGACUACUUCUGUGCCAUGUUCACCAGUGAGCUGGCUGAGAAGGGAAAGUCCUUCGUGGACAUUCAGGGUCUCACUGCUUCCACCAUGGAGAUUCUUCUGGACUUUGUUUACACAGAGACUGUGUUAGUGACUGUGGAGAAUGUGCAGGAGCUGCUCCCUGCUGCCUGCCUGCUCCAGCUUAAAGGGGUGAAGAGGGCUUGCUGUGAUUUCCUCAACAGCCAACUGGACCCGUCCAACUGCCUGGGCAUUCGAGACUUUGCGGAGACUCAUAAUUGCGUGGACCUGAUGCAGGCGGCGGAGCUUUUCUCUCAGAAACAUUUCUCUGAGGUGGUGCAGCACGAAGAGUUCAUGCUCCUCAGCCAGACUGAAGUGGAAAAGCUCAUUAAAUGUGAUGAGAUUCAGGUGGACUCUGAGGAGCCGGUGUUUGAGGCUGUGUUAAACUGGGUUAAACACAACCGUAAGGAGCGAGAGCCGUACCUGUCCGACAUGCUGGAAUACGUACGAAUGCCUUUACUCACGCCACGUUACAUCACCGACGUUAUCGACUCUGAGCCUCUUAUCCGCUGCAGUCUGGCCUGUCGGGAUCUCGUGGAUGAAGCCAAGAAGUUUCACCUGAGGCCUGAGUUACGCAGCGAGAUGCAGGGACCUCGAACUCAAGCCAGACUAGGUGCCAAAGAAGUCCUGCUGGUGAUCGGUGGGUUUGGCAGUCAGCAGUCCCCAAUUGACGUUGUGGAAAAGUACGAUCCCAAAACCCAAGAAUGGAGUUUUCUGCCUAACAUUGCACGUAAGCGGCGUUACGUUGCUACCGUUUCCCUAAACGAUCGCGUGUACGUAAUCGGAGGCUACGACGGCCGGUCACGUCUCAGCUCUGUGGAGUGUCUGGACUACACAGCGGAUGAAGAUGGAGUUUGGUACACUGUCGCCACCAUGAACGUACGACGAGGCCUGGCAGGAGCAACCACACUCGGAGAUAUGAUUUAUGUUGCUGGGGGGUUUGAUGGAAGUCGGCGGCACACCAGCAUGGAGAGAUACGACCCCAACAUUGACCAGUGGAGCAUGCUGGGAGAUAUGCAGACUGCCAGAGAGGGGGCGGGACUUGUAGUGGCCAGUGGGCUCAUCUACUGUUUAGGUGGCUAUGAUGGCUUGAACAUCCUGAAUUCAGUAGAGCGCUAUGACCCACACACUGGUCACUGGACCAGCGUCACGCCAAUGGCCAACAAGCGUUCUGGUGCAGGGGUGGCUCUGCUAAAUGACCACAUUUAUGUAGUCGGAGGGUUUGAUGGCACAGCCCAUCUUGCGUCUGUAGAGGUUUACAACAUCCGAACAGACUAUUGGACGACAGUGGCGCCCAUGACCACGCCUCGCUGCUAUGUGGGAGCUACAGUACUAAGGGGGCGACUAUAUGCUAUUGCAGGAUAUGACGGUAACUCCUUGCUGAGCAGUAUCGAAUGUUACGACCCUGUGCUGGACAGCUGGGAGGUGGUGACCUCCAUGGCCACUCAGCGCUGUGACGCCGGGGUCUGCGUGCUGCGGGAGAAGUGAGGGCACGGCUGCUGGACUGCUUUUAAACUCAGUAAGACACGUGGUGGACGAAGCAUUUGUGCUGGUGAUUGGCAGCUAAUAUCUGAGACUGAUCUGCUACUAUGUGCCACGUGUGAUUAUCGCAUGGAGGAGUGGGAGAACUGGAAACCGCAGAUCUGCUGUACUGUACUCAUUUCCUCCGUUGGACCUUAGUUCUGUUGCCGUCUGAGAUCCGUGUAAAGUGUGUGAUGCCCUCGCUGCGUGCGGCAUGCCGAGAUGUCUUCGCUCUCCAUACAUGAUGACCCUGUGGUUCGGUUACGUGCGCGAGGAUGGCGGCGACGUGGUCACGAGUCUACAAUAGUGCAAUAUUUUGAUCUACUGCUACAAAUAUAUAUAUAUAAAAAGACUGGGAAUGCAGAGCAGCAUUAUAUAUUAAUGCCUGCUUCAGCUGUUGCUGCUAUUUGCCUUAUUGCCUUUACGGCAAAAAAAAAAAAGGGCUUCGGCCUGCUCUGACCUGCAGUUGGAGUGUAUAUAUAUAUAUAUAUAAAAACUAUAAACUGAAGAAGAGGAUCCAAAAAUUGAAAAAAAAAGAUACCACCAUUUCCUGCUGCAAGUGAACGUUCUUCUUGAGUUCUGCAAGGUUCUUAAAGGUUGUCUGGAACUGGUGAUCAUUGUCCUUGCUUGCGCUCUGGACCUCCCUGCCUAUACUUUUGAAAGUCCUCCUCAUUGCCUCUCAGUUAAAGGUACAGUAAGUAGAAUUUUCUGUAAAAAAAGAAAAGAAAGAUUAUUAUAAUAUAUUAAAGGCCCUUUCACACAAGUACACCAGAUUUUUUUCGAAUGAACAAGAAAAUAAAGCAGCUUUUAACGUACUAGAACCUUUACACAGAAUCUACAAGACAUUUUUUGCCUUAUGUGGGGCUGCAAACUUUCAUACGUCUCUCUCGUUAAUGUCCAUUCUUUCUGUUUCUCCGCUCCCUGUCCACUUCUGCUCUCUCUUUUUUUUUUCUUUCAAGAUUAGUGAUCAUUAACGAAGAACAAAGGGGUUACAUCAUAAGUUCCCUAUAAAGACCUCCCAGAAGUGUAGUUGUCUGUAUUAAUGCUGCAUUACACAUAUAAAUUUGCUUCUUUUGGACUUUUUUGAUAGUCUGGAUGGUUCUUUUCAUCUUUUAUCCAGAGCUCACAGUGUCCAUUUCUUCCACUAAUGAUCUGGAAUACUGAUUGUUCUGACCACAAUCCACUGUUGAUUGAUGGUCCAUUAUUCCAGUUUCCUGCAAAUCCCAUAGAUGAUGGUAGAUAGUAUGGUGCUUCUGGACAUUGUGAACAUAUUCUGCACAGUAAGUUUACCUUCCACACUUAAACAGUCAGACUGUUCAAUCAGAGUAUGGGUUUCUGUGCUCUGAUCUCAACACAAUCAGCUGUUCCGCUGCCAUCUUAAUGCUCUUUCUGCAACCACACUGUUAAAAAUAAGAGGGAGCUUUUACACCUACACGUUAUUUGGUCAGGACUUUCAAACCGCAAACCACGGCUCGGACCAGAGGACCAUUAUUCGGUCUGACCAUAAGAGGAGGUCUUUGUCCACAUAAGCUGAAACAUGAUCCAAUUUGGCACGGUUCUGACUUUGUUCAGACCAUUUACAGGAAGUUGUGUCAGGCUAUCAUCACCCAUUAAACAAUAGAAGAAUAAAACUCUUGGCGAUGUGCAGGCAUGACAUGCAGCAGUAUGGGUACAACAGAUUACGGUGCUGGUGAUUCUGUAUCUACUGUAACUGUAGAUUAAUUACAGGGCAGUAUGGGUACAACAGAUUACAGUGCUGGUGAUUCUGUAUCUACUGUAACUGGAGAUUAAUUACAGAGCAGUACGGGUACAACAGAUUACAGUGCUGGUGAUUCUGUAUCUACUGUAACUGUAGAUUAAUUACAGAGCAGUACGGGUACAACAGAUUACGGUGCUGGUGAUUCUGUAUCUACUGUAACUGUAGAUUAAUUACAGAGCAGUACGGGUACAACAGAUUACAGUGCUGGUGAUUCUGUAUCUACUGUAUCUGUAGAUUAAUUACAGAGCAGUACGGGUACAACAGAUUACAGUGCUGGUGAUUCUGUAUCUACUGUAAGUCAGAAAAUGACUUUUCUACAAUGUUCCAGCUAUGGUUUAUGGAUUAUAUACCUUACUGAUGCUCAGUGAUUUUUUUGCAGCAGAAAAAUAGCCAGCUCGCCCAUUUUCAUGGCUUCAGCACACUGUUCUCAUUCUGUUGUCUAUACCUGGCAACCCGGGGUGUGAAUAUGGGAAUAGCGAAAUGGUGGUGAACAGGUUUGGAGGCCAAAACCCACACAGAUUUCUGUGAUGCAAGUCAGACAAGUGUAUUAUUAAUUCCAAAAACUGUUCAUAAUGUCACAGUCCAUCAGUUUCAGACUUUGUGCAAAAGAUAUACAUAUAUUAGUUUUCAGAACUUGAGGUGCGUUCCGUUUUUUUCAUCCAUAAAAAUCGACCUCAGUGCAAAGGGGCCUUUUGAAGUGUGGAAUGUGGUUUGCUGUUGAUGGGACCUAAAAAAAAAAUUCAUGGCAACAUACAUGUUCAGAAAAUGCCUUUUCUACAAUAGUCUAUUUAUGGUUUUACAACUAUGGUUAGUAAACCUUACUGAAGCUCAGUGAUUACCUGUUCAAGCAGAAAAAUAGCCAGCUUGCCCAUUUUCACAUUCUGCUGUUUAUACCUGGCAACCCGGGACAUGGAAAUGGGAGUAGGGGAAUGGCUGUGAGCAGGUUUGGAGGCCCCAACCCACACAGAUUUCCAUGACACAAGUCAAACAGGCUUUGUUUUAUUCCCAAAAAGUGUUCAUAGUGUCCCAGUCCAUCAGUUUUAUGUAUAUCAGUUUUCAGAACUUGACGUACAUUUCAUAUUUCACCCACAAAAAUCGACCUCAUAGCGAAAGGGCCUUAUGAAGUGCAGAACAUGGUUUACUGAUGGGAAAAACUUAAACGUGUUCAGAAAAUGCCUUUUCCACAGCAUUCAUGUUGUUAGCUAUGUCGCUAGCAAUCCCAUCAGUCAUAAAGUAUACAAUCCAUUGAAGUAUACUUGGUGUACCUUUAAUGAAUCAAUGUGAUUGUCUUACCAACAUCAGCAGAUGUGUACUGUGUAUUCAGCUCCACAGAGACGUUAUCAGCCAGUUCUGCAGUGUUUACUGUAAACCGGUUUAAGUGCAUUUAAAGAGAAUCGAAAAGAACAGAGGAGUUUUUGCUCCUGUGCUCCCUGUGUGUAAAACUGUUGCUCAUGAUCACACGUGAAGUGUUUGUACUGUUCUGUAGAUAUGUAUUCAUCAUUUUGAGAGAUUGUUUGUAUGUAUGUUUGAUGUACUGAUCUAAUCGGACUGAUAUAAUUGUGAAUAGUUUGCGACUAUGAAAAAGAUGUGUAAUAAAUUGUCUGUACGUCAGAUAAAA